AAGCCACGGGGGCUACACACUCAUCAUUUCCUUGACGUUACAUCAAUAUACUCAAGUCGACCGCAAUCAUGUCCCAAAACUCGGAUAUCACGCUAUACACCACUCAGACGCCGAACGGCAUCAAGAUAUCUAUCACCUUGGAAGAGCUGGGUAUCCCCUACAAGGUCCAAAAGAUUGAAAUCUCAAAGAACACGCAAAAGGAAGACUGGUUUCUUGCCAUCAACCCCAAUGGGCGCAUCCCAGCGCUCACCGACACUUUUACGGAUGGCAAACAGAUCAACCUCUUCGAGUCGGGAAGCAUCAUGCAGUACCUUGUCGACCGUUACGACACGGAACACAAGAUUAGCUUUCCAAGGGGGUCGAGGGAGUGGUAUGAGAUGAACAACUGGUUGUUCUUCCAGAAUGCCGGUGUGGGUCCCAUGCAAGGUCAAUCCAACCACUUCACGCGCUACGCGCCCGAGCAUAUCGAGUAUGGCAUCAACAGAUACCAAAACGAGACUCGCCGUCUUUACUCCGUGCUAGACAAGCAUCUAUCCUCCGACAACCGCCCCUACCUUUGUGGCGAGAAAUGCACGAUUGCCGAUCUCUCACACUACGGCUGGGUAGCAGCCGCAGGCUGGGCCGGCAUCGACAUUACCGAGUUCCCCGCGCUUAUGGCAUGGGAAGAACGCAUGACGGCCCGACCAGGCGUGGAAAAAGGCCGUCACGUCCCAGACCCACAUACCAUCAAAGAGACGCUCAAGGACAAGAAGAAGGUAGAAGAGAUUGCAGCUAGUAGCCGCAACUGGGUGCAGGCGGGCAUGAAGGAGGAUGCUGCCAAGCUGGCAAAGUAAGUUUGAACUGCUCUGUCAUGUUUCCGUUGUGUAUUUGCAUGUGGCGGGGAUGAGAUGAGCGGCAGUGGCAAAGAGAAGAGAUGAAGAAGAAAAUGGUAUCUCGGGAGUAGCAAAUUCGUUUCACGUACUGGGUCCCUCCCAGGUCCCAGCUCAAGUGCAUACCUACUUAGCGAAACAUGCAAUACGAACACGUGGUACCCUGUCCAAA